ACACUCCGGCGGCGCCGCAGGUAAGCUCCUCCUCCUCUGUGCUUCGUCCUCCUUCCUGGUACUAUUCCUCUCUGCCCUCCUCUCUAAUUUCUACCCUAGCUCGUCCUUCCCCUGCAGCCUUCCCUAACCCUAGAUCGACGGGGCCGCCGCCAUCUCAUCUCCUCUUCCAGAAAGCGGGAGUAGUAGUGAAGACCACGAUGGGAUGGUACUCUUUCGGUGAUGAAGGGGCGGCAAGCAAAGUGGCGGGGGCGGGAACCCCUGCCUCACGAUGCACCAGCUGUGGGCAUCGUUACUGGUGCACAGCAUCAAGCGCGUGGAGGGCCGCUCCUGGCCGUCCCCGGUCACGAGCCGCCUCUGGAUCCACGCCGCCUCCAAGGUGCCCGACCCGGACAGCGUCGCCGCCAUGGAGACCUUCUACCGGGAGAUCCACGCCGUCGACGGGGUCACCCACAUCGACUUCCCCCAGCACUACCCCGUCUCCCGCGUCCUCGGUCAGCCUCCUUCCUACCCAUCGUCUUCCUCACUGCUACUGCUGUUCCUCCUUAGUCAAUAGUCGGUCCUCGCCAGUGCCUGCUCCCAAAUCUGUGCAAAGAACUCUAUUUUUUUCUGCUGCUAACACAAGACUCGAAGAGAAAAAUCCCUAUGCAUAUCGUGCAAUUGACUCUAAAAUCACUAUAGUUUCGUACAAUGAAUUUGCAGUAACUCUAAAAUCAUCCGUCAUGAGAAAGUGGACAUUCAGUUCAGAUAUGACACUCCUAGAGCCCCGUUGUAUAAUAUCAUAUCGGAUAUCUGAGAAUUGAGAAUCAGUAACUAAUUUAAUUGCUACUCAAUUACGUUUUGUGUGGACUAAGAACCGGAUAUCUUAGAUCAGCGUUUGUCUCCGUUGUAACUUUAUAACACUCUGUAAAUGCAUUGGGUCUGCUCGGUGCUACUAAUAAGAGGCCUGUGCGCGCGCGCUUGUGUAGACUUCCCUUGCCAUUGUCUUUAUGCAGUCAAUUGGACCUUGAGCAGAGCUAGCUG